AUGGUGAAACAAGAUCUUGCUGUUGAAAUACAAAGUGUUAUGGUUGAUAUUUACAAAAAAUCUCGUAAAAUUUAUCUUGAGUUGUGUGAUGUAAUAGGAAGUGAAUUACAAGCACUUUCUUUUCCAAAAGAAUAUACAUCCAUUGGGACAGAAGCAUAUAUGUUAGAAAAUGUUGCUUUAAAAACAGAAAUCAGAACACUAUUAUCAAUCUUAUCAUUACUUUGUAUUACUCAAAAAGAUAUUAAUGAAACAAUAAAAGGAUUAAAUACAUCUGAAGACUUAGUAGAAAGAUUAGAUGAUGUUAGAGAUGAUAUUCGACAAGAAAAUAAUGCUCUUAAACAAAUUCGAAUGGUUGAAGAUGAUAUAACUAAUACAAAUAAAGAUUAA